UUCCAUUUUGAAUUUUCCAUUAGUUUUUUAUCGUGCUGUAAGUGUCAAGACGUCUCUAGUUUUGGGUCAAUUGUUGGAAGCAUUUAAUUUUGUAAAAGUUAAAUAAAACAAAUAAUAUGCCGAAAAAAUUGAAAGUUUUCGUGAAAUCCUUAUAUUCUCAUGAAAUACGUAAGGAUGUGAGUUUAGUCGAUUUAAAAUCGCUAAAGCUCGAGGAUGCGUGGCCUUUUAUACGAGAGGAAAUAGAAACAGAAAUUGGUAGCAGUCAAUUGGUCUGUAUUCCUCAUAUAACUGAAGCCGAUCUCUACAAAGUCACGUCCUUGUUUGUCUAUAAUGACAAACCAACAAAUGGAAAGAUGUUCACGCCAUUGGGAGAACUGAAGAUGAAUAUCGAUACAACAAAAUCUAAUACAGAAUAUGUACGUUGGCUUGAAAAAGGAGAUUUUCAAGAUUCUAAGUUUAAGUUUCCUCAUGAGAGCGUAAAGAUAACUUUGCAAGAUGAAUCUAUCAAGAAUAAAGUAAGAGUCAUUAUGAUCAAUUUUACCAAACUAACAGUUCCAAAGGACAAGGAGUUGGUUAACAAUAUUUACUUAGAUAUGAAUAAUAAGGAUUUAAAAGGGAAGAGGUCAGUUUAUAUGAUCACGAAUGUGCUCAUGGCAAAGACAAUUGAAUUCCGAGUAACUCGGGGAACAUCUUCUAGAAUUUUCCAUCUUGGGAAUGCUUCACCCCUUGUAUUUGGUCUGGAAGAGUACUUGAUUGGAAGUGAUGGGAAAUUGGUUGCUAAGGAGCCAGUUACUAUCAAGUCUAAAAGUCUACAAUGGCAGAAGUUGCAUCCCUCCGAUCAACUUUACAUCGCCGACACUGAGCACGCAACCAGCGCAUAUUAAAAAAAUUCUCUAUAUUAUUCAAUUUUACAUUCUAACACAAAAUAUUUAACACUGUAGUGUAUAACUACCCGGUUAUAUUAUCUCUGGGCCUAACGUCGAUGACGUCACAUCGUCAUUUUCAAGUAUAGGCAAUCAACAUUGAUAGAAGAUAAAGCUAAAAAAAAGUAUUUAUUUUUCUGGCUGUAUUAUUACAGCUGUUAACUAUUAACAAAAACAAUCAAAAGCUAACAUUCAACUUCGAAAACAAAACAGUGAUAGCGAGAUAAUAUGACGACAUGUUAUACUUAACGGUAAUGAAACUGUGAUCCGUACUGACACAACGGGUCGAGCGCGACGUGGGGGGUGGGGGGGGGGGGGGCUAUUGAUGGUCGACCGAGAUCCAGAGAUAAUGUGGUGGAGAUAACGUAGUCUGUAAGUAUUUCACUUAGUAGAAUUUGGACAGGCGUCAGCUUUGAGAUAGACAACUGUCAUAGCACUAGUAGAGUUAUUUAUUAGUAUAAUUAACUAAGUAUUAAUAACGGUUUAAGGUGAUGUUUUUAGUUUAUAAACAUACUUAUUACCCGCCUAAUGACAUGACAUCACUACAACAUGGCGUAGUAAGCGAAACACGCCUUAAAAAAGUGUGUGUGUACUUAUAAAUGAACGCAAGAAGUUAUACUUCAUUGGCCUAACGAAGCAAAAAUCAAUAAAAUGAUUUAUGCCUCAUGCUAUUCUACCAUUUUCGAAAGAUUUUUUUUGUAAAAACUUUGACGAUUAAUUAUUAAAUAAUGAAUACGGCUGUAUGGGCUUGAACACUUUGCAUGUCCUAAUAACGGACGGAGAAACAAAAAAUAAUAAUGAAUCACUCAAACGUCAGAAAAUUUUAAGAACCAACUUCACCCUGUAUCUUAUGUGCUACAGUGAUGCGCGCCCUUCUAAAAAUUUCACUCUCAUCAUUUUUUCAUAACGCACCUAAAGAAGUAUAACUUCAAAAAGUUCUGGAUAUAUUAUACCUAUAGAUGUUUUAGAAAGUUAAUCACAAUAUAUUUCAAAAUAUUUGCAUCAACAUUGAUAGCAGCUAGAGUUAGUUUUAGAACAAUUCGAUUAUGAUGUUAAAGCACUAGUAAAUAUUUAGAGAAAGUUAUUAAAUUUAAUAGUCCUUAUUCCUUUUUUUUUAAUUACCUAACUGGUAAUUAUGUAUUAAAGUAUUAAUCCUAUUAUUAAAUGCAGAUAGUUAUCUAUCAUUACAUGUUUUAAUGAUUAUUACAACUUGUUAUUUUUUUUAUUUAUUACAGACGUAUGUAACAUUCCAAAAUUUUGAUCCUGAAUUUCGUGUAUUAUUUUAAUUUUAGUUACUUAAGUAUUAAAACGUUGUGACCACUGUGUACUUAAUGUAAUUUAUUGUUUAUGUUUGCAUCAGUAUUCAAAAUAAAGUUAUGUGUGUGUUGAA